AUGGGGAUAGUAUGGAGGAGCUGGAGUAUUGAACUGGUCAUCGUCACGCCGCAACCCGAGGCGGGCGGGUGGUAUCGACUGGGAGGGAUAAGGGUUCGAGGCUACCGUGUCGCCUACAUGCUGUGGCACGCCGUACUGCGGUGCUAUGUUCUGGCGCUGGAGCUGUAUGUUCGGAUGGAGCUGGGCGGGAGCUGCUCUAUCGGCGCGGCUCCGGGCUCGGUAGAAGAGCAGGAAGAUGGAUACGACGAGGAGAGCGCAACUGCAUGCGAUCAACACCAGUCUUGUGCUAUGUUCGACCUCUCUCUUGUGGUGUUUGUGCAGCGAGAGCUGGAGGCGGGCAUGCAGAACAGCCAUCUUGAUGAAUCAAGCGGUUGGCUUUUGGUGGCGUUGAACUUGGUGACGGAGUUUAUGCCGGUAGAGUUGCAAGUGCCUAGUCUGCCGUCGCAGCAGGUCCUGCCCGAUGUCGAGCCCGGAUAUCUGAAAUCUCGUCUACCCUCGACCGCUCCCCAGGAGGCAGAGCCAUGGAACCAGAUACAGGCCGAUAUAGAAAAGAAGAUCAAGCCUGGAGUCACUCACUGGCAGUCUCCCAACUUCAUGGCCUUCUUCCCGGCCACAGUCACCUAUCCGAGCAUCCUGGGGGAGAUGUACUCGGCCGCCUUCAACGCGCCCGCCUUCAACUGGCUGUGCUCCCCCGUCGUCACCGAGCUGGAGAUUGCUGUGAUGGACUGGCUUGCGAAGGCCCUGGGCCUGCCAGACUGCUUCCUCAGCACCUCUCCGACCAGGGGUGGCGGAGUGAUCCAGGGCAGCGCCAGCGAGGCCGUCAUCACCGUCAUGGUGGCGGCUCGGGAGCGAUAUGCCCGCGGUAUCGUGAGAGCAGAGGGCCUGGAUGAAGGCUCCGAGCAGUGGGAGGACCGGGUCAUUGAGGUCAAGUCCAAGCUGGUGUCUCUGGGCAGUGACCAGGCCCAUAGCUGCACCGCAAAGGGGGCCCGUAUCGUCAGCACCAGACACAGGACUGUCCCGACCCGUCUGAAGGACAACUUCGCCAUGACUGGAGCUGCUCUCCGCGAGGUGCUGGAGAAGUGCGAGAGAGACGGCCUGAUACCUUACUAUCUGACCACCACCCUGGGGACCACCAGCACCUGCGCCACCGACCGGUUCGCCGAGAUCAAGGCCGUCCUAAGCGAAAAGGAGGCGUGGAAGAAGAUCUGGGUCCAUGUCGACGCUGCAUACGCCGGUGCAGCGCUCAUCUGUGAUGAAUACCAGUACAUCACCAAGGAAUGGAGUGAAGGGGUCGACAGCUUCAACUUCAACAUGCACAAGUGGCUGCUCGUCGACUUGACCUCUGCUCUAGAUAUUACACCCCAUUACCUCCGCAACCCUCACUCUGAUGCCGGUGCGGUCACAGACUACAGAAACUGGCAGCUUCCGCUUGGAAGACGUUUCCGCUCCCUGAAGAUCUGGUUUGUCCUACGGUCAUACGGCCUCAAGGCGAUGCAAGCUCAUAUCCGCAAGGGGGUAGACCUGGGCAAGACAUUCACAGACCUCAUCCGCAGCCAGGGUGACUUGUUUGAAAUCGUGACGCCGCCUGCGUUUGGGCUGACCGUCUUCCGUGUUACUGAGGACGCAGCUCGGCAGGUGGGCGGUAGCGAUAGCAACUCCGUUACCCGUGAGGUUUAUGAGCGAGUCAACGCUGGCAAGGAGGUUUAUCUCACAUCUUCUGUCGUGGGCGGAAUCUAUGUCAUCCGUGUGGUGAGUGCUAAUGAACUGGCGGAAGAGAAGUAUAUCAAAAAUGCAUUUAACAUACUCGUUCGUGUGACCAAGGAAGUGCUGGACAACCAAACAGCCAUUACAAAAAACUAG